AUGGGCGCUCGUAGACCUCCGCUUUCGUCUACAUUUUCGCAUUGCUCUCUAUAUGCAGCCAACCGCAACCCUCGAAAGACCGUCGAGAUCGGCCAAUGUCAUCGAACAUUAUGCGGCGGACCCGUCACGACGACAGAAGAAUCUGAAGAUGUCAAAAGAGACAUAAAAGAGAGGCGGCAUGUACUGGGCCUUUUCUAUUCCACAACCCCACGCUUGCAUCGUCUAUCCUGUGCGAUGGUUUCGCCUGGUGUCGAGUUCCUUGGCGCAAUCGCCCUCCAGGUCCUCACCAAACUCGUGCCGCUUGGGUGUCUCCUCCAUUAUGCUGCGCGACGACUCGAGCAGCCGUUGCCUGUCUGGGCUACAGCGUUGAUCACAGUUGCAAUGGUGCCGGUUUACGCGACUCUGAGCAACUGGAUCACGCGUCGCCGCCACCGACGAGAAGCAAAUGCGAUGGGGGCCCGACUCGCACCUGAGGUCCAUGGGAAAUGGCCGGGCGGUAUCGACAUUAUGCAGAAGCUUCUGUGGUACAGACUGAACGGGUACCCUGGCGAUGGGUUCCGCGAGUUUGUCGCGGAGUAUGGCCCGAUUAUCAAUAUCAGAAUCUUGUGGACAAACAACUACUUCACGACCUGGCCAGACCAUGCCAAACGCAUUCUUGCAACCGACUUCAAUAACUUUGAAAAAGGCCCUCGAUUGUCGCGGCUUGCGAAGGAGGUGCUUGGCGUGAGUCGCUUAUUUCUCCAUGACCUUACACUGAUCUUUGAUGCAGCAAGGCGUGUUCAACUCGGACGGAGAAAUGUGGAAGUUUCAUCGAGCAAUGACCAGGGCGAGUCCUUUACAAAUCCAGGCGCCUUAAUUUCUCAUCAUAUCCCCAGCCCUUCUUCACCAAGGAACGCGUCGCUCAUUUCGACACAAUUGAUGUCCAUGCCGAUGUUGUCAUUGCCGCACUUAAAGAGCGUUCUCGUGCAGGAUACGCAAUCGACUUUCAGGAUCUCAUUGGCCGGUUUACCAUGGACUCCGCCACAGAGGCGAAUGCUGUUUGGCCAAUGCGCCGACAGUCUCAAGGGCGCCCUUCCCUAUCCACACAACGUCACUGUCCCAAAUGAGCAAACAGCCGCCCACGAACUCUCUUUUGCGGAGGCUUUCAAUCAAUCGCUCGAUGCUGUCGCUGUAAGAAUCCCUCGGAACGUCGUUUGGCCGCUUUGGGAACUGCGCAAGGCGGGCAUGACUGAGCCGAUGAAGGCCGUCAGCGCCUUUAUCGACCCCAUUAUCGCGGCUGCGGUGGAGCGUAAACGUCUGGGAGAUGCGGCGGGCGGGGAGAAGCGGGAGGCACAGAAUCUAUUGGACGAGUUGCUCGACUCGACGGUGGACCCAAAGGUGCUGAAAGAGGAGACACUGAAUAUUCUGCUGGCUGGACGCGACACCACGAUGCACACGCUGACCAUGAUCAUCUACCUUCUGUCUCUCCAUCCUGCUGCGUCCGAACGUCUUCGCGCUGAAAUACUGUGCCAUAUUGGACCAACGCGGCGGCCAACAUUCGAAGAUAUCAAGGACAUGAAAUACCUUCGCGCUGUAAUCAACGAGGCAUUACGCCUCUUUCCCGCUGUACCCUUCAACUUCCGCGACGCAAUUAGCGCAACCACGUUCCCGUCUCCGGAUCCUAACCAGAAACCCAUCUACCUUCCGCCUCGUGCUCAGGUAAUGUACUCGGUACUCCUUAUGCAGCGAGACAAGAACCUGUGGGGGCCUGAUGGUGCGAACACGGAUGAAUUUGACCCGGACCGCUUCAUCGACGUGCGUCUCAAGAAAUACCUUCUUGCGAACUCUUUCCAGUUCCUCCCCUUCAACGCCGGCCCGCGGAUCUGCCUCGGGCAGCAGUUCGCAUAUAACGAGAUGUCAUUUAUGCUCAUCCGCCUUUUCCAAUCCUUCAAGUCAUUUCAUCUUGCGGAGGACGCCUUCUCCGCUGAGGGACGCCCGCCCGCUGACUGGAAGUUUGCCAAAGGCCGCAAGGCGAUUGAGCGCAUCCGUCCAAAGUUGACACUUACGUUGUCGACCUUGGAUGGGCUGUGGGUGCGGGUUACUGAGGCUACGAGCGAGGAUACCUUAGCCUGA